AUGGAAGGCCGGGAUUUCGCUGCUCCAGCACAUCUCCUCUCAGAGCGGGGCGCUUUGGUACAUCGUGCCGCCUCUCGGAUAACCUCUUCCGGACACAGUUCUGUUCAGCAUGCUGGUCAUUUCCCUCCAGGAAAAUAUUACCCAUCGCACAUACCAAUGGCUACGCAUUCAGGCAGUGGAUUGAUGGGCAACUCUUCAGCUUCCUUCAUGGGGACGUUUUUGGCCAGCAGUCUAGGCUCACCUCCCUCACACCCGCCUCACCCCUCCAGACCUCCGUCCUCGCCCACUUCUCCUUCCUUUCGUGGGGGGCCACACUCCAGCGCCUCCCAGAUCUGGUUCCCUCAUUCGCACGAAACAGCUCCAGGGUAUCCACGCUUCUCAGGGAGUCUUGCCCAUACCUUCCUUCCCAUGAGCCCCUUGGAUCACCAUGCAAACAGCAGUGUCCUCUAUGGGCAGCACCGUUUCUAUGAUACCCAAAAAGAGAACUUCUAUCUAAGAAGCCUUCCGUCUCAGCCACCUCUCAUCUCAACCAAUCACGGCAUCCCACCUAUGUCCAGAGCAGGGUCGGGGCAUCCACAGGGCUCCUGUAGUCGGGACAGAGAGUCAAACAGUGGCAAUACUCUGCACAAGGGUCUUAAGGAGGCCAGCAUAGACAGAGGUGUGGUCUCAAGUACUAAAGACAAAGAGCGACCUAGCAGCAAACAAGAUGCCAAGGAGCGGCAUCACCACGGGCAGCAUCCGCAACCACAUCACCACCACCCGCACCAAUCUCAGCACCAUCCUGUCAGUAUGGAGGAAGUGAAUGGCAGGACUUUAGAGAGACAUAAAGCUACCCUGCCACUGGAGUAUAAGGAGCAGCCACAGCCCAUGGGCAAGCCUCUUAGUGCCUGUCUGCAUAAUGGGAAAAUGCAGAAUGGAGAUUCAAGUAGUGGGGCCAAGGGUUCCCUUUCCAGCUGUAGUGGGGAGGGGGUGGGCAGAGGAGGUGGAGGCUCGGGAAGCGCUCAAGGCAGGCAGAUGGGGGGCGGCAGUAAUGGGCGCUGCACAAAAGAAGGAGUAACUGGGGAGAUGAGGAUUAGCGAACCACCUCCUCCAGACUGUCUGGAGAGAGGCCAAGCACUCCACCACUCGCUGCCCUACUCUGUACCUCCACCCCUGCCCGCUGGAGGAGGGCAUCCUGGGGGCUUCCACUGUCUACAGCUCCACCCAAGCCACCCGCACCACCCACAUCACCCACACCACACACACCAUGGCCAUCACUCGCACCAUCACCCAGAUUUCUUCUGUCCACCACCUGCCUCUAUAGCCAACCCGUCCUUACAUGAAAAAGGUCUUAGUGGUGCGAGCAGAGACCCGAAGGUGACUGGACCAACGUUUGUACCAUCUGUUGGGCACCUGGGGGACAAAUCAGGUGGACCGUUCCAACUGGGCAACCCUGACUGCCAGGGGGUCGGUGUAGGGGGUGGGGGCGGCAGUGCAAAGGACAAGGGUAUGGAAAAGACCGGUGGGCAUCAUGGGAGCUGGCACAGAAAGCAGCAGCAGCAGCAACAGCAACAGCAGCAACAGCAGCAACAGCAACACCCAUACAGAAAAGCAGAGAAAGCUCCUGACUGGAUGCAGAACCACCACCAUCACCUCCAGCAACGGCAACAGACACAGCCGCAGCAGAGCCAUGCCCAGCCUCAUCAGGCCGUGCGCUCUCGCAGUGCAGACUGCAUCAACAGCAUGGACGCAGACGUCUUCAGGCCCUCCCUGGCUCAGGAGGCUAAGGCUGGCCAUUCUUUGACACACUCCUCCAAGGGUGACACUUAUAUCAAUUCCCAGCCCUACAGAGACUGUUCACACACAGGGCCAGCACCCAAUGCCUCACCUCUUACUGGGAAGACCAUGGCCCAGCAUGGUGGUGGUAAUGGGAGCAGUGGGAGUUGUUCCAUGCAGCGAGAUGGACAGAAGGUGGCCCGAAUCCGCCACCAGCAGCACAGCAGGUCCGGAACUGAGGCCCCUGGAGCUGAUCUGGCUCAGGCAAAUGGUGGUCAAGACUUGAAGAGGAAAUUGGAGAUGUCUCCAUAUGGGUAUAGCAACCAUGGGCAGCAUCAGCAGCAGCAGCAGCAGCAGCAGCCACCAGUGCCGUCCUGGGCCAUGCGUCCCCACCACGUUCACCCUGAAGAGGAACAGUGCAAGGCUUCCUACAUGGAAUCCAUGGGUGGGGCAGGCAGCAACAGACAGCAUCAGCAACAACAACAGCAGCAGCAACAAUCAACAGGAAUGGGUCCACCUCUUCCUCCUCAUCCACCUCCUCCACCUCAGAGCCAGCAGGAACCCCAGAGCUCACAGGUGGAGAACAGUGCCAUGAAGAACCUCCUCAAGUAUAGCAACCAGCAGCAGCCUCUACUCCUCUCUCAGAAAAGUCCUUUUGGGGGCCUGGGGAGCCUCAAGACAGGACCCAAUGGCACAAGCUGUGCGUUACAGGGUGGAAAACAGGCUCUUCCUUCGAGGAAAGGUCCGUCCAAUGAGAGUGAGAGGCCUGACUGCGGAGGGAGGAGCCGGGAGAUGGGAGAGGCAUCUCAUGGAGAAGGGGAGGUUCGGCAACCUCCUGUGGGAAUCGCAGUUGCAGUAGCAAGGCAAAGGGAACCACCUUGCCGACCACUGGACAACCACCCAGGCAGCCGGCAGGGGCGGGUUCACUCUGGUAUGAAAGGCACACCACGGUCUAUGUAUCCCUCAGACUCACCUGGAGAGGAGGAAAGGAAGAGAAUGAGUGGGGAACAUAUGGGAAGCCAUCCGUGUCUGGACAGAGACAGAGAUUCAUUCAUCAGGGAUAACAAGGAAAGGGUAGAAUUUGCAAGGAUCCAUCCGACUAACAGUUGUCAUGGUGACCUCACCUCUCAUCUCAUGGUGCCUGGUGGCACUUCCCUUCAGUCUGGCCAAUUAGGAGACCCUGCGGCACACGCCCACUCAGCGCAUCACCAUUGGAUGCCACGCACGGGAAGUCCCUCUCUCUGGAUGACCAGUCAUUCUUAUGGUAUUGGCCACUCUGCACUGCAUCAGAAUCUUCCUCCAGGCUUCUCUGCUGCUAUGCCUGCCCCUCUGCAGCCUGUCCUGCCCUUGCCUCAGGACCCCUCUGCUCAACUGGUGGUACUGCCCACCGAGCCAGCUGCCCACCCAGCUACGCAUCACCUUGAUGUGAUGGAACAGCCUGGGCUGUGGCCCCCAGUGUACAGGGCCCGGGGGCCUCCUUCCCACAUGCAGCACCCCGCUGUGUACUCUCGCUCCCAGUUUCUACGGCAACAAGAGCUCUACGCACUUCAGCAACAUCAGCAGCUCCAGCAUCAGCAACAUCAGAGUCAUCAGCAGCUACCGCAACCUCAGCAGCAGCACAGAGCUACACACAGUAUAGAGCUGCAGCAUAGACCCAGUCUCUCCCAGGUGCAGAAGAAGCCAGAAGAGUCUAGCAUGGAGUUAGAGGAUAUCCUGUCUCAACCCAGGACACCAAAAUCUGCCAAGCCCUAUGCCUAUGGCCCAACAAAUCGGGCUUCCUCACCUCCUGGAGCUUCCGCUGCCCACCUGUCACCUUGCUGUCGGUCUCCCUGUCUUCGUACUCACCCUAAAAGCACACCGUCAACCCCCUGCCCUGCCCCGAGUCCGGCCGCUGCUGCUCCCCACUCCCCCGCCAUUAGCCCUGCACCAUCUCAGCUGCCUAAAUCUGCAGAGUCUCAUGAUAAAAGGGUGGAGGGGCAGCCACUGCAGGAUUACCCUCAGUCCAUGGAACCUGACUUGCCCCCUGGAUACACCUACCCAGCGAUUGCAAUGGGAUACAGAAGUGGCCCCUCCCCUCGGGAUGUCCAAUUGGCUGAACCAGCUGAGCUGGAGGCUGUCCAGGCAGAACCUGUGGAGCAUGCCCCUCCCAUUCAUUCCAGCCUUGGGGAGGAUCUUGAAUGCCAUGCUGUGGUAAGGCCCUUACCAGAGCCACAGCAGGAAAUAGUGGAGAAGAAUGAGGGACCACUGGAAGAGGAAGAUGAUGCCAGCACCAUGGUACAAAGGGAAGAGAUGGAGGUAGCAGAAACUGGAAGGUGCUGUGGUCCCGCAGAAAUGGAACAGGUUCCGGAACAAGUGGAGCAACUCAUCUGCCCUCUCGCUGAAACCCAGGUCUGUGAGGCCGCUUCUUGCCCCAUUAUACCAUCGGAGAGAGACGUCUGCAGGACUGACCCCGUGACCUGUGAAGAGGAGGAGAGUGUGGUUAUGGUCGAGCAAGAGAGUGGAGGAAGCCAAGAGCUGGAAGCACAGAUUGUAUUAGCUCCAGACUGCAUGCAUAAUCCAGACUGUCCAGCUGCUCUACACCCAGAUUUAGCCGAUAAGGAAAAGGAGGAGGCAACAGAGGAAGCUCUGGAGGAAGACUGUGUAAAGCUACUGUCUCCCUCUCCCUCUCCCAGCUGUGCCACUGUCUGCCCACAGCCUGCUGUGCCCAGCUACUGGAGCCUGGAGCUCCUGAUUGCUGCGGCUUUCUGUGGUGAUUGUCCUCCUCCUUCUCCUCCCCCUUCCAACCCACAUCAGGGCUGUGACAACUCCGUCUACCCAAGCCACCAUGGCAUGAAGCUCCUCAGCGAACUGGCUGACCUGGAGCUGCAGCAGCACCGACACAGCUCAGGGAACAGUCAAGGAGGGGAGCAGUUGAUAUUUGACCUCCAGAGUUUGGCCACCCUCGCAGCAGCUAGAUCUCUGGAGCUAAGCUCUGAGGACCACGGUGGGGCAGAUGUAGGAAGACAAUAUCCAGCUCGAAGGACCCUUAACCUGCGCAGGAAAUGUAGCUGGACCCCUCGUCAUGAACCGGUGUGCCCAGUGAAAGGUGCCAUGGAAACAAUGGACGGGCAAGAGCUUGCCAUGCGGGUUAGGCUGGCAGAGCUGCAGCGUCGUUACAAAGAGAAGCAGCGAGAGCUUGCCAAGCUCCAGAGGAAGCAUGAUCACCAGAAAGAGGAGACCCCACGCAGUCCAGCUCGUCGGGGCCCUGGUAGACCACGUAAACGGAAAUCAACCCCAGGCUUAGGCCCUGUGCCCCCCCCAGAGCCCCCCAAAAAAGUGAAGUCGGUGGGGGCGGAGCUUAGUCUGGUGCCGGAAGACCAGGGCGGAGGAGGGGACACCCAGAGGAAGAGGAAGAAACUGUCCAAUCGGGGCUUCGGCCGUCUCAGCGGAACACAGAUGAAGGCACAGAGCUGCAGGAAGAGCAGUCUUCACGGCAUGCUCGGCUCCAAACUGGGCCGUGAGCACCACGUGUCUCAACUCAAACAGAAAGUCCCAGGAAGGAGGGACUUAUCAGGAGCGGCACAGCAGGACAAAGACAGCACCACCUCCAGCUCAGGCUCCAAACACCUGUACACGGGGCAGAACGCAUCUAAAGCACAUACCAGACUAGCCAGCGGAACCAAUGAGUCAGAGGGACAGAGUGACACAGCUAGCGGGGAUAGCGGGGCACAGGAGAGUUGGAAAGAGUGCGUGCCAAUGAAGAGGAGGGGUAAGAGGAAGAGCGUGGCAGCUUUGGGUCGAGCGUCUACCCGUCUGCAGCAGCCCAGAGCCCGAAUCCUGCGAAGAAGGGGACAGGAGGUGAUGGAGGAUGGGGAGACUUCACCAGCAGAGAGCGAAUCCUCUGAGCAGGAAGAUGAAGAGGAAGAAGGUAGUUAUGACAGUGGUGAAGGAAGAGACUUCAAAGCUCCACCAUCUAGGGAUAUUUUAUCAACCUCAACUGUGACAGGCCCCUCCCCCUCAUCCAUUGUCAAACUGGAAGCCAAUCAGAAAGCAAGGAACAAGAAAGAGCGCCAGGAGCUCUAUGGUAGGCAGUCUGUCUCUGGAACAGAAGGGGAAGUGAAGGUGAAGAAGAAAGCCCCCUGCAGGCCAACCCCUGUACCUGCAGCUAAACCUCCAGGAGUGAGACGACCAGGGAGACCCAGACUGCAGGAGCAACGCUGGGGCAGCAUGGCAGCCCGUUCUGGGCUAUACAGAAAAAGCGCCGGCUUCAUCACGUUUCCAACCACCACCGAGAGGUUAAAGAGAGCAACUCGCAAAAGCACAAUGCUACGUGGUCCGGUUGACAAGAGGAGAAACUGCUGGUCGGCUGCAGCCCAAUCCCCACAAAACAACGACAGCCACUGGACCAGGAGGAGCAGAAGCAGACAGUCGAAGGGUCGUGCGGUCAGUCGCCUCCUGGAGAGUUUUGCGGCGGAUGAUGGCUUCCAUCUGGGAGAGGACAGCAGUUUCUCUGAGGAAGGAGAGGAUUAUAAUCCUUCAUCUCACUCAAGAACUGCCAUGGCUGUCCCUAACUGUGUGCUGACCAAGGACCUGCUGGCUGAUGGACUCAAGAUCCUCAUCUCCAAAGAAGAUGAACUUCUGUACGCCGCCCGGGUCCGAACCUUGGAGCUUCCUGACAUUUACAAUAUUGUUAUUGAUGGAGAGAGAGGAAACCGCCCUCGAAUCUACACCCUAGAGCAGCUGCUGCAGGAAGCGGUUCUGGAUGUACGCCCUGAGACAGAUGCACUGCUGACAGAAGGAACGAGAGUGUGUGCCUACUGGAGUGAGCGCUCGCGAUGCCUCUACCCAGGCUAUGUCCGCAGAGGUAGCGCUGCUGAUGAAGGAAAGCCAGGUGGGGUGAUGGUGGAGUUUGAUGACGGAGAUAGGGGACGGAUCUCACUCCAUAACAUCCGUCUUCUUCCUCCAGGCUACCAAAUCCAAUGUGCUGAUUCAACCCCACCACCUCUGGAGUCCAGUGGUCGAAUAAGUAGGCAGAGUUGUGGUCAGGAUGGGAGCUCAGUGAAUGACAGGACCUCUGACAGACUGAUCAGUACUGAAAAAUCUAGGACCCUGGAGAAGCCUUUGGUUCAGAAGAACAGGCCAGGGAGACCAAAAGGUUCAGGGCUGAAGAGCUCUCUCUCAGACAGUGCCACUAAGAGCUCAGCAGCUACUCUGAGCUGGCCGUCUGUAGCUGAGGCCAGAAAACGUGCUUCAGUCAAUCUAUUCCAGUUCAACGGCUCCACCCCCAAGAAGGCCUUGAGAGGCAGGGAGAUGGACGUCUUGCCUCAGUCACCAGUCUCCAUGACAACUCCUGCCAAAGGCAUCUUUAGCAGCAGCUCUUUCGAAGUGGACUCCUUCAGUAGUAUUGCUAACGGUUAUUCAACCUUCUGCAGCCAGGCCUCUGGGCUACCCCUUGGGGGCAGAAGCACUCCCUAUGGGCAGAGAAGGAAACCAGAAGACACAGGGAUGUCUAGAGGCAGAAAAGCCGAAUUCCUGGUCAAACUGGAUCACGAGGGAGUUACGUCCCCUAAGACCAAAAGCAGCAAGGCUCUGCUAUUGCUGGGAAGCUCAGGAUUUGGCUCCAAAGGUGUGGGUGGACUUCCCAGGCCUGAGGCUUAUUCCCACCCAGUGCUGUUGGUGAAAGACAACAGAAAAGGAGACAACUCUAGGGCAGAGCUCCUGCUGAAAGGUGCUCCUGUCCAGAGGAAACCCUCACCUUCACUGCGCAUGACUGAAUAUGGAGACCUGGGCCUCAGCUGCCACCGGGACUGCCAUAGCUCCUAUUCUGAUAUGGAUGAGGAAGAGGAGGAGGAAGAGGAGAGAAGGAGGAGGUCUGCACUGGCCACAGCCUCAGGGGGCAUGAGGACAGCCGGCCGCUUCCUCUCGCGUCUUUCUGUCUCCUCCUCGUCCUCAGGUUCCUCGAGUUCUUCCAGCUCAGGCUCACUGUCUAGCUCCAGCCUCUGCUCCUCUGACAAUGACUCCUCCUACAGCUCAGAUGAUGAGGAGAACUCCACACUCCUUCUGCAGAGUUGCUUGACUCCCCAUCGUCCAAUGCUGCAGCCCCCUGAACCUCGUGUCGGACCUCCUCAACACUCCUUUGUGGCCAAGGCCGUAGCUGUGACCAGUGCUAAGGGUGGCAUUUCCAACCACAGUGCCACCAGCAAACAACUUAAGAGGAAGGAAUGCCCUAGUUCACCCUCGAAACUCUCCAAGGAGCUUGUCAAGAGACAGAGGUUCAUGUCGGACCAGGGUCGACCCAAAAUGUCCUCCUUCUUACCAGCACGACAACUGUGGAGAUGGUCUGGGAAUCCCACCCAGAGACGAGGUUUGAAAGGCAAGGCACGUAAACUCUUCUACAAGGCUAUAGUGCGUGGCAGGGACAUGGUGCGCGUGGGUGACUGUGCAGUGUUCCUCUCUGCUGGCCGACCUCACCUGCCGUACAUUGGUCGUAUCGAGAGCUUCUGGGAGUCCUGGACAAGCAGCAUGGUGGUGAAGGUCAAGUGGUUCUACCACCCAGAGGAGACCAAGCUGGGCAAGAGGCACCGUGAUGGCAAGCAUGCCUUGUACCAGUCAUGUCAUGAGGAUGAAAACGACGUGCAAACAAUCUCUCACAAGUGCCAGGUGGUUAGCCGAGAGGAGUAUGAGAGGCUGAGCCGGGGCAAGAAGCCCGACAGCAGCUGUGAGGAUAUCUACUACUUGGCCGGUACUUAUGAUCCUACGAGUGGUCAGCUGGUCAGCACAGAAGGACUAUCCAUCCUCUGCUAGCACUGGACACUGUCGUCCUGAGAAUACUACUGAAUGGCCCUUUCAACUGGUCAGCCCAGUGGCAGACUGGGAAUGUGACAGCCGACGGGUG